AUGCAUCCUCUCAUAUCUCACCAACUCUAUGACCUCAUGUGGCAAAAAAUCCCCGAAGAAAGCGAUGACAGUACAGAAUAUGGCCUGACGUCUUUAUUCUUGCCAGAUACGCUUUUAGUUGAAGAUUCAAUCAUCAAGAAUUGGUACUUUACGUCUUCUGAGGACGGAACAAUCCUACGAAAAAAUAAGGCUAAUAUAACAAAUAAGAACAUUCUGAACGCAUUUGCAUCUGGAGUGCAUCCAGAGGCCGUGUGCGCACUAGUGGCAUAUAUAGACCUGAGUCCCAGUUUAGAUGUACACUAUACUGUACGCUAUCUUGCACCAGCACAGCUUGAGGUUCUUCUCCUGGACUUGAAGAAUUACUACUUUACGGGUAUAAUUCAGAGCCUGACUCGGUCUUGGCCUUUCGGACGGAGACAUUCGCGUCGACAAAUAAGCUCCGCAGUCAGCUGUCCUUCUCGCGAAUCUUUCAAGGAAUCACAGAUUAGUAACUUAGCUGAUAAGUCUCAACAAAGAGAUUGCCAAAAUCUGCCACGACCAACCUCUUCGCUUAUCACAAAGCCCAAUGAAACAGAAGCACAGAAGCGACGUGGAAACAGAGACUAUGGGACUACAGAACAGAGCUACUCCUUGAUUCGAGUACUUUGGAGCCCAGAGAGUAGCUGCGUAGAGGCUCGCAAAAGCAAAGCAAAUUUCGAUGGGUAUCGGUACUCUCCAGAUGUACGUUGCUGCACAUUCUUUAUGAGUGGUGCCUUCCAAAUGGUGACUGUCCCCGUGUCUCUCCUAUAUAAGAUAAAUACUGUCCUCACUCAUUUGGCAAUACACAUUUCUGCACAAAAGCAAAAGAAGACAGUUGAUAGACUGGUAGUAUACUUGCACCCUUUUACUUCUCACAGGGGAACUACAGAGCUUUCGUUGGUAUUAGGCGAAGAGAUAGUUAUAGGCGGUAAGAAUAUUGAUGCAGAUCUUUAUCUACAAUGGCAGCAAAGGGUGAGGCGAGAGUUCCGGCCUCCACUUAUUCUACAUUAUGAUCUAUUGAAAAAGGUUUAUAUUGCAAUCACCAAUCCGCUGAUUGCUCAACAAACGCCUGCAGAAUAUCGUGACGUCUACGAAAGGGUCUCUAAUUUGGGAUAUGAGGUGCAGGAUGGCGAAGCGCGUGUCAAUCUGCAACGCACAGAUGCUGUACGGCACAUAUUGAAGUGUAUUAACAAAGAUAUUGGGACCAGGAUGCAGAGCAAAGCAUACAAGUUCAUAUCGGAAGUGGCUUGUUCUUUUGCAAAAACUCUAGAGCAUGCAGAGGAAGUCUCUCUGCACGUUCCUGAGAUCGCGAUUAACAGACCAUGUGUGCGCUGUCAGGCUCCACGAUGUGCCCAUCGCCUCCCGUUCAAGGUCCUGCUUAGUGAGCCGUUUGCACAUAUAUCCAAUAAGUACCAAGUAUUCUCUGCAUUAUAUUCUGAAACGUCAAUUGCCAAUCUGUAUCGUCUAUUACAUUACAUUCUAACUAAUGAUAAGACCGUUUUUAAAUACCGAGACGCUCUUCUUAUAACGAUAAGCACGUUAUUAUCAAAAUCAUCCAUUGAGCCGGCAUCCUUACCAGGUAGUCAAAUCAGUAUGGACCUGAUGGCAAACAAAGAUCGCUUAAUAGAUUUAUUUUUCAGUGUACAUAAGACCCGCGAUGACGUGCUUCUAUCCUUCGACAAAUUGCAAAACUUCUUUGUCAUGACAAGUAUAACAAUUUCAUCAUGCGUUCCUGUACAUCUCCUUCGGCGCUGCGGCAUACCUGAAUUUGACGCCCAAGCGUUCUUGAAGCGACUAGACGAAGACUACUUUAUCUAUAAGCUUUAUCCCGUAUGCCAGCAAUGUACAGAUGUGCUUUUUGGUAUACUCAAGGAUCUCACGUGUUAA